ACCAUUUAUGUUUGAUUAAUUUCCUCUAUCUUUGCAGCCCAGACUCUGCGAAAUGGAGGCAGUGCUUUGGUUCCAUGUUAUCCAAGUGGAGUUGUAUAUGAUCUGUUUGAAUGUCUGUCUAAUCACUUGGAUAAUUUAUGUCUGUCUCAUAUACCUAUGUAUUUUGUGUCACCUAAAGCUGAGAGCUCCUUAGCGUAUUCAAAUAUUUUUUCUGAGUGGUUGUCGUCUAGUAAACAAGUGAAAGUUUACAGUCAUGAUGAUCCCUUUCCUCAUGCACAUCUCACAAAAGUAGGACGCCUGAAACCUUUUAAAAGUUUACAUGCAGAAGGUUUCAGUAGUGAAUAUAGACAGCCAUGCAUAGUUUUUUGUGGUCAUCCUAGCUUAAGAUUUGGAGAUGCUGUUCAUUUCAUAGAAAUGUGGGGGAACAACCCACAGAAUGCUAUUCUUUUUACAGAACCAGAAUUUGAUUUUGGUGAAGCUCUUGCUCCAUUUCAACCACUGGCUAUGCGACCUGUAUACUGUCCAAUUGAUACAAGCUUGGACUUUACACAGGCAAGGAAGUUGAUUAAUGAAUUGAAACCUGGGAAAUUGGUUGUGCCUGAGGUGUACCUGAGACCCCCAGCUAUGGCUCCACAUCGCACUGAUCUUGCACUGAUUUUGGAAGAAACUCCACUAACAUAUAAUGAGUGUCAGGUUCUGAACCUUGUGGUAAACAGGAGACUUGAAAAUAUGGGAGUGACACCUGAUUUAGCCUUAGCUCUUAAUCCUAGUACAAUAAGACCUGGAUUAAAUACUUCAACAGUCACUGCAGAACUUCAUAUAAAGGACAACAAAUAUACUCUGAAGCCUGUAGAAGACAGCGAUGAUGAAAUGCCUACAAAAUAUCCUCAGUGUUACCCGUAUGGUAACCUAUCUGUUGAUGAUUUGGUUCAAAGAUUAGCACAAGCUGGACUUACGGAUGCUAAGGUUGAGGAGCUACCUGGUGUUUAUAUUAUAACUUUGGAAAACGAAGAUGUUAUGAUAAAAAUCAGUGAUGCAUCCACACACAUAAUUUCUGGUAAUAGUAAACUACGAGAAAAGCUGCGGGAUAUUCUGUUUGAGUGUCUCAGUAGCUUUUAGGCUGUCCUUUUAACAUCG